AUGCUCCGUCGUGUAGUAACUUCGGCCCCAGCGGCCGCCACCGCAGCCAGCGCUGUGCAGGUUCGCAGCAUCUACGAGUACAAGUUCGGCCAGGUCCCACUGACCCAACCGUUUGGCGGCACCUCUCGCAUGCCGCCUCACCACCCAUCGAACCCUGUCCCGGCGGUGGCCGGGAAGGUGGAGAUCACGAAGCUGCACAACGGCGCGCGUGUCAUCACGCACAACCUCGGUGGCCCGUCGGUGUCGGUUGGCGCCUACAUACUCGCCGGCCCCGUGUACGACCCACCAAGCGCGCCGGGUGCCGGCGCCAUGCUGCACCUUGCCCUGACAACGAGUAACUUCAAUAAUUCGCUGUUCCAGCUCGACCGAAACAUCCGCAGCGUCGGUGCCGCUCAAACGCACUUCGAGAAAAACAAGCACCACAUCGGCAUCCGCAUCGACGCCCGCACUGACAAGUGGAGGAGCACAACGUCGACGUCGUCGCGCACGCAGCGGCGUCAGCUGCAGGAUCAAAAGCAAGCGGAGCAGCACCUCCCGCUGAACCUUGUACAGGACAACAUCUUCACCUGCAUCGCUGCCCCGCGCUUCCACGAGUCGGACUUGGAGCGCUUCCGGGACACCAUCGACAACCAGGUCGAGGAGCUCCGCUGGCAGUACCCGGCCGAGUACGCGAAGCAGAUGCUGGAGACAGUCGCCUUCUACUGUGAACCGCUCGGCAACCCGCGCUUCGUGCCGGCGAUCAGCAACAGCCUCAUCACCAGCAGCGUGCUGCUCGAGCAGUACAGCCGCUAUGUCGUGCCGUCGCGCAUCGUUAUCGCUGGCGUCAACGUCGACCACGCCGCGCUGAUUGCCGAGUACGAGAACACCCCGUUCCUACACUCCGCCUCCGCGCCGCACCACGCCAGCGCGCAGCCGUGCAAGGUGAACUCGAAGGAUGAGGCCGCCCAGUACACUGGCGGCGAGCGCCACGACCACGAAGACCGCCCCAAGGCAAUGGGCACGAAGCCGGACAUGAACACGGAGUCUAUCGUUGCCAUCGGCUGGCUCGCGUACGGCAAGGACAAGAAGAUGGUGAAGGACCACGCCUCCUCGAUGGUGGUAAAGGCGCUGAUCGACAUCGAACUCAACGACUCCAUGCGCUAUGCACGUGACGAGACGCACGAGCACAUGUGCCUGCGCGCCUUCUAUUGCCCCUACCAAACGGCUGGUCUCAUUGGCUUCACGGUGAAGGCGGAACCGCAGGCGGCGGUACGCAUGGUGACGGACACUGUGAAGAUGGUGCGGGCGAAGAAGGCCGCUGCUGCGGACUCGGUGCUGUCCGUGGCCAAGAAAAUGGCAAAAACCCAGUUCAUGGUGCAGCAUGCCGAUACCAUCCGCGACUACUGUGACUACCUCGGUACCUGUCUCCCGAUGGAGAGUGACUCGACCGUAGCUACGUCGCUCGAAGAGGUGGUCGACGCCAUCAACUCCGUCAACGCGGCAGAUGUGGCGAAGGUGUACGAGAAGAUGUUCGCGAACACCGCCAGCCUUUACUCCCACGGCGAGGUGCUCGGCUUUCCUUCCAUGCGCCAGAUGGGUCUGUAG